GGCAUCGAAAUGCCGCGAAAUGUUUGAGGUCGACGAGUUAGCCCGCGUCGACACCGCCACUUCAAUGUUGCAGCCAGUCGCGCUUUGAGUUUCUCUCGGCCGUGCGAAACAAAAAAAAUGAGAGAAUUAACCCCGGAAAGUGGCACUUCCGGUUCGGAACUGUGACGCAUUGACGUAAAACACUUGGGUGCAGUACUAAUUCGGUGCACCCUUUCUAAGGGUUAAACAGAAGUGAGCUGUUGGUCCGAUUGACAAAAUGACGACCGACAUCUCGGUGGUGCGCGGGGGUUGGGACCCCACGCUACAACAGGAGAUUGUCGACGAGUACGAAUACGACGGGGGAAACUCGAGUUCGAGACUUUUCGAGCGCUCACGCAUCAAGGCACUCGCUGGUGAGCGUGAAUUAGUGCAAAAGAAGACUUUCCAGAAAUGGGUCAACUCCCACUUAGUCCGAUGUUCGUGCCGAAUCGGCGAUCUCUACGUCGAUCUGCGGGACGGCAAGAUGCUGAUACGACUCCUGGAGAUUCUGUCGGGUGAACGUUUGCCACGCCCGACCAAGGGCAAGAUGCGCAUACAUUGUUUGGAGAACGUGGACAAGGCGUUGCAGUUUUUGCGCGAGCAGAGGGUACAUCUGGAGAACAUGGGAUCCCACGACAUCGUCGACGGGAAUCCGCGUCUUAGUCUCGGUCUCAUCUGGACGAUAAUUCUACGAUUCCAGAUUCAGGACAUAACGAUCGAGGAGACGGACAAUCAGGAGACAAAAUCCGCCAAGGACGCGUUGUUGUUGUGGUGUCAGAUGAAGACAGCGGGUUAUCACAACGUGAACGUGAGAAAUUUCACAACCUCGUGGCGGGACGGUCUGGCGUUCAACGCUAUAAUACACAAACACCGUCCGGAUUUGAUUCAAUUCGAGAAACUGUCCAAGUCGAACGCGAUCUACAAUCUCAACAACGCGUUCAACGUCGCGGAGGACAAGCUCGGUCUCACGAAGCUUCUGGACGCCGAGGACAUAUUCGUCGAUCAUCCGGACGAGAAGUCCAUCAUUACGUAUGUCGUUACAUAUUAUCACUACUUCUCGAAGAUGAAACAGGAAACUGUGCAGGGAAAGAGAAUUGGCAAGGUUGUCGGCAUCGCGAUGGAGAACGAUCGUAUGAUUCACGAGUACGAGAGUCUUACCAGCGAUCUGCUGCGAUGGAUCGAGGCUACGAUCGAGGCGCUCGGUGACCGCAGGUUCGCAAAUUCCCUGGUAGGCGUGCAAUCGCAACUGUCGCAAUUCUCGAAUUACCGUACGGUAGAAAAACCACCGAAAUUUGUGGAAAAAGGUAAUCUCGAGGUGUUGCUGUUCACGCUUCAAUCGAAGAUGCGCGCGAACAAUCAAAAACCGUACACGCCCAAAGAGGGCAAGAUGAUAUCCGACAUCAACAAGGCCUGGGAAAGAUUGGAGAAAGCUGAACACGAGCGAGAAUUGGCGCUGCGCGAGGAAUUGAUUCGGCAGGAAAAAUUGGAACAGUUGGCAGCCAGAUUCAAUCGAAAAGCAAGCAUGCGCGAGACGUGGCUGUCGGAGAAUCAGCGAUUGGUGGCGCAGGAUAAUUUCGGUUUCGAUCUCGCCGCUGUGGAAGCAGCUGCGAAGAAACACGAAGCUAUAGAAACCGAUAUCUUUGCUUACGAAGAGCGCGUACAGGCCGUUAUGGCGGUUUCCCAGGAACUCGAAGCGGAAAACUAUCACGACAUCGAGCGCAUCAACGCUCGCAAGGACAAUGUGCUACGAUUGUGGAACUAUCUUCUGGAAUUGCUUCGCGCAAGACGAAUGCGUCUGGAGCUGUCACUCCAGUUGCAACAGAACUUCCAGGAGAUGUUGUACAUUCUGGACAAUAUGGAGGAGAUCAAGAUGCGACUGUUGACGGACGAUUACGGCAAGCACUUGAUGGGCGUGGAGGACUUGCUGCAGAAACACUCUCUUGUCGAGGCGGAUAUCAACGUGCUCGGUGAGAGAGUUAAGGCUGUCGUUCAGCACAGCCAGAGAUUCCUAGAGCAGGGAGAAGGCUAUCGACCUUGUGACCCGGGCAUUAUCGUCGAGCGCGUUCAACAAUUGGAGAACGCGUACGCCGAAUUGGUCCGGUUGGCAAUCGAGCGUCGUACCAGGCUCGAGGAAUCUCGUAAGCUCUGGCAGUUCUAUUGGGACAUGGCCGAUGAGGAGAACUGGAUAAAGGAGAAGGAACAGAUCGUGUCCACGGCCGAUAUCGGUCAUGAUCUUACGACCAUCAAUUUGCUUCUGUCCAAGCACAAGACUCUAGAAAAUGAGAUACAGUCGCACGAACCGCAAUUGAUGUCGGUCGCCGGAGUCGGCGAUGAACUAGUUCGACAACAACACUUCGGCUCGGAUCGUAUUCAAGAAAGACUUCAGGAGAUUCUCGCCAUGUGGAAUCAUCUGCUGGAUCUGGCGGCUUUCAGAAGAAAGCGACUCGAAGAAGCGGUCGAUUAUCAUCAACUUUUCGCGGAUGCUGACGACGUUGAUAUCUGGAUGUUAGAUACUUUGCGACUCGUUUCGUCGGAAGACGUCGGUAGAGAUGAGGCGAACGUGCAGUCCUUAUUGAAGAAACACAAGGACGUUACGGACGAACUUAAAAACUACGCGACAAUUAUCGAUCAGCUUCAUCAGCAGGCGACCGCGCUGAACGAGCGGGACGCGAAAUCGCCCGAGGUCUUGGAGCGACUGACGUCAAUAGAUAAUAGAUACAAGGAGCUUCUUGAACUGGCGAAAUUACGCAAGCAACGAUUGCUGGACGCGUUGUCGUUAUACAAAGUUUUCAGCGAGACUGACGGAGUCGAGCAAUGGAUUGGCGAGAAAAACAGAAUGCUGGACACGAUGGUGCCCGUCAAGGACAUCGAAGACGUCGAGAUCAUGAAGCACCGUUACAACGGUUUCGAGAAGGAGAUGAACGCGAACGCGUCCCGUGUCGCUGUCGUCAAUCAACUGGCUCGUCAGUUGCUACACGUCGAACAUCCGAACUCGGAACAGAUAAUCGCGCGACAGAACAACCUCAAUCAGAAAUGGGCCGAAUUACGCGAGAAAGCCGAAAACAAGCGCGAGGAACUCAACUCCGCACACGGUGUGCAAACGUUCCACAUCGAGUGUCGCGAGACCGUGUCUUGGAUCGAGGACAAGAAGCGUAUUCUGCAGCAAACCGACAGUUUGGAAAUGGAUCUCACCGGCGUGAUGACGUUGCAGCGCAGACUGAGCGGAAUGGAACGCGAUUUAGCGGCCAUUCAGGCCAAACUGGACGCUCUCGAGAAAGAAGCGGAAGUUAUACAGAAGGAACAUCCGGAGGAGGCGGCCGUGAUACGCGAGAGAAUCGCUCAGAUUCAUCUGAUCUGGGAACAACUGACGCAGAUGCUGAAGGAGCGCGACGCCAAGCUCGAGGAGGCUGGCGACCUUCAUCGGUUCCUGCGCGAUCUCGAUCACUUCCAGGCGUGGUUGACGAAGACGCAGACCGACGUCGCAAGCGAGGACACGCCGACCAGUCUUGCCGACGCCGAGAAAUUGCUCACGCAACAUCAGAAUAUCAAGGAGGAGAUCGACAAUUACACCGACGAUUAUCAGAAGAUGAUGGAAUACGGCGAGAGAUUGACAACGGAAGCCGGGGACGGCGACACGCAAUACAUGUUCUUGCGCGAGAGAUUGAACGCGCUCAAAAUGGGCUGGGAGGAAUUGCAUCAGAUGUGGGUAAAUCGUCAGAAUUUACUGUCCAAUUCUUUGAAUCUACAAGUGUUCGAUCGCGAUGCACGUCAGGCGGAAGUGUUGCUGUCGCAACAGGAGCACAUACUCGCCAAGGACGAGACACCGGCGAAUUUCGAACAAGCGGAACACAUGAUCAAGCGACACGAGGCCUUCAUGACCACUAUGGACGCCAACGACGAGAAGAUCAAUUCGGUCGUGCAGUUUGCCGGACGUUUGGUCGAUGAGGGACACUUCGCGGCCGAUAAGGUGAAGAAGAAGGCCGAGAAUAUAAACGAACGUCGACGAGUUAAUCGUGAGAAGGCUAAUCAACUUAUGGAGAAACUCAAAGAUCAGCUUCAGCUGCAGAUGUUCCUGCAGGAUUGCGAGGAACUUGGCGAAUGGGUGCAAGAGAAACAUAUUACCGCCCAGGACGAGACUUACAGAAGCGCGAAGACCAUUCACAGCAAAUGGACGCGUCAUCAGGCGUUCGAGGCGGAGAUCGCGAGCAACAAAGAUCGUUUGCAACAAUUGCAGCAAGCCGCGGACGAAUUAAUUCAACAGAAACCGGAUCUAGCCGAGAUCAUCAAGCCAAAAGUGGCCGAACUCGCGGAACAAUUCGUCGAUUUGGAAACUACAACUCACGACAAAGGCGAGCGAUUGUUCGACGCCAAUCGUGAAGUAUUGAUACAUCAGACGUGCGACGACAUCGAUUCUUGGAUGAACGAGCUGGAGAAACAGAUAGAGAGCACAGAUACCGGUUCCGAUCUCGCGUCCGUGAAUAUACUGAUGCAGAAGCAACAGAUGAUCGAGACACAAAUGGCGGUGAAAGCCAAACAGGUUACCGAGCUGGACAAACAAGCGGAACAUUUGCAGCGCACAGUGCCCGACGACAAGAUGGAAGAGAUCAAGUGCAAGAAGGAGAAGGUCGCCCAGAGAUUUGCUCAGCUCAAAGCGCCGCUAAUCGAUCGUCAGCGGCAUCUCGAGAAGAAGAAGGAAGCGUUCCAGUUCCGACGUGACGUCGAGGACGAGAAACUGUGGAUCGCGGAGAAGAUGCCACAGGCGACCAGCACCGAAUACGGAACCUCGCUGUUCAAUGUGCACAUGUUGAAGAAGAAGAAUCAGUCGUUACGCACCGAGAUUGAGAAUCACGAGCCGAGAAUCAAUUUGGUUUGCAAUAACGGACAGAAAUUGAUCGACGAGGGUCACGAAGACAGUCCCGAGUUCCGAAAGUUGAUAUCCGAGUUGACGGAGAAGUGGCGCGAGCUGAAGGACGCGGUUGACGAUAGAAACAAGCACCUGUUGCAGAACGAGAAGGCGCAGCAGUACUUCUUCGACGCCACCGAGGCCGAAUCGUGGAUGAGCGAGCAAGAACUGUACAUGAUGGUCGAGGAUCGCGGUAAGGACGAGAUAUCCGCGCAAAACUUGAUGAAGAAACACGAGUCACUUGAACACGCGGUCGAGGAUUACGCGGACACGAUUCGCCAGCUCGGCGAGACCGCCCGGCAACUCAUAAACGAUCAACAUCCGUUGGCCGAUCAGAUCGCCGUGAAGCAGUCGCAAGUCGACAAACUCUACGCCGGAUUGAAAGAUUUAGCGGGCGAGCGACGCGCCAAACUGGACGAGGCGCUUCAGUUGUUCAUGCUGAAUCGAGAAGUCGACGAUCUGGAACAAUGGAUUCAGGAGAGAGAACUGGUCGCCGGCAGUCACGAGUUGGGUCAAGAUUACGAUCACGUGACCCUGCUCUGGGAAAGAUUCAAAGAGUUCGCGCGCGAUACAGAAGCGAUCGGUUCCGAACGGGUGGAAGCUGUGAACGGCAUCGCCGAUUCCUUGAUUAGCGCCGGUCAUUCCGACGCGGCAACCAUCGCGGAGUGGAAGGACGGUCUGAACGAGGUCUGGCAGGAUCUGCUCGAACUUAUCGAGACCCGCACGCAGAUGUUGGUGGCGAGUCGCGAAUUGCACAAGUUUUUCCACGACUGCAAGGAUGUUCUCAGCAGAAUCUUGGAGAAACAGAACGCCAUGUCGGACGAGCUUGGACGGGACGCCGGUUCCGUGUCAGCUCUGCAACGUAAGCACGCAAAUUUCAUUCAAGAUUUGUCGACGUUGCAAACCCAGGUGACGCAAAUCGAAGAGGAAUCCGCCAAGCUGCAGGCGAGCUACGCCGGCGAUAAAGCACGUGAGAUCACCAAUCGCGAGGCCGAAGUCGUGGCGGCGUGGAACAAUCUGCAGUCACUAUGCGAAGGCAGACGAGCCAAGUUGGAGGAUACUGGCGAUCUCUUCAGAUUCUUCAAUAUGGUCAGAAAUCUGAUGAUUUGGAUGGACGACGUUGUUCGCCAGAUGAACACGUCCGAGAAACCGCGCGACGUUGCAGGUGUCGAAUUACUGAUGAACAAUCAUCAGAGCUUGAAGGCGGAGAUCGACGCCAGAGAAGAUAAUCUGAUGGCGUGUAUCAAUCUCGGUAAAGAUUUGCUGGCUAGAAAUCAUUACGCUAGCGCGCAGAUCAAAGAAAAACUGGCAGCUUUAACCGAUCAUAGAAACGCGCUCUUGCACCGAUGGGAAGAACGUUGGGAGAAUUUGCAACUCAUUUUGGAGGUCUAUCAGUUUGCUCGAGACGCGGCGGUUGCCGAGGCGUGGUUGAUCGCUCAAGAACCAUAUCUUAUGAGCCAAGAACUUGGCCAUACCAUUGACGAGGUGGAAAAUCUGAUCAAGAAACACGAAGCUUUUGAGAAAUCGGCAGCUGCGCAGGAAGAAAGGUUUAGUGCCUUGCACCGACUGACUACUUUCGAGUUGAAAGAAUUAAAACGACGAGAGCAAGAAAGAGAGGAGGAAGAGAGACGAAAGAAGGAAGAGGCGGCGGCGGCGGAGGCUGCGCGUUUGGCUAAGGCAACACCCGUUACCAGUCCGGACGAACCAUCCAGUGAAAGAGCUGACGUUGACGGAGCAACAAGUGGAGAACGCGCCGCGGAAGAGGAAGGACACGUGGCACAUCGCAAGGCUUCCACACGUACACCGCAGCCUCAAGACAAGCCCAAAGAAGUGCAUGCACAAAAACCUAGGCAACUGUCUUUCCGGGAAGGAGAAGGGAUCCCUCCUGUCUCGCCAACUUCUGCCAAAACUCCGCCGUACGGUCCCCGCACACCGACAACUCCGAAAGGAAGCGGUUCCGAGUCUGGUCCUUUAAGGCGUAAGGAACGAAGCCGCAGCAAAUCGCCGUUUAGAAGCUUCCGUUGGAGAAAAUCCGCCAAGUCGCCGAGUUUAGAUCGCAGUGGUGUGAGUGACGAUGAGCGCAGCAUUGCCGAGCAACGAAGUCCCAGCGACGACGAGUUCGAGGGACCGUUGCACCGGAAGCACGAGUGGGAAAGCACGACGAAGAAGGCGUCGAAUCGCUCAUGGGACAAGGUUUACAUGGUCGUACGUGGACAGAAUCUAUAUGUAUAUAAAGAUCAGAAGUCGUACAAAGCUUCGCCCGAUCAACCGUACAAAGGAGAGGCACCGCUCGACCUGCGAGGCGCGACUAUUACCGUAGCGAGUGAUUACACUAAGAAGAAACAUGUCUUCCGAGUCAAAUCGCAAAGCGGAUCCGACUUCCUGUUCCAGGCCAAAGACGAUGCCGAAAUGAACGACUGGGUGUCCGCGUUAAAUCAAGCGGCACAAGGAACAUCAGGUGCGGGCACAUCCAGAGCUCACACUCUGCCCGCUCCGACACAAGCCGAGACUAAGCGGCGUAGUUUCUUCACUCUCAAGAAAAACUAAACUGGAGCAGUGAAGUACGGUUUAAGCCGCUCGUAAUGCGCGUCUGCACAACAUCGUGUUUAUGAAAAAUGUUUCGUCGCUCUACAUGGUUAAAGCAACGCUAAAUAUAAAAUUAGGGAAGACAUGGUGUUAUGAAAUAAAUUGAAGGACGAAUAUACGAGAGCGGAUCUUUGAAAACGCCUACUUUCGAAGAACGGAGAUAUUUAACGGUUAUAUAUGUUGAAUAUAUUUACAAAAAAAAAAAAAACUGUAGGCUAUUGAAAGUCUAAUUGAAUUUUAGUUCUUCAAUGAAUUUUGGACACUUUGCAAUAUAUUGCUAGUUGAAGGACAAGCGACAUUUUUUAAUGUCCCACGUUAGCGUGAUCAGAAUUCUGACGCGAGAUUUUUGGUUCUGUCACACUCACGUGUGGCUCAUGUUAUUAUUAAGAUAAAACGAUCAUUUUACUGUCAUUCAUUGAAACAAGUAAUGUCUUCUUUAUGGUACAAAAUAUUUUAUAAGUUUCUGCAAUGUUUCAUUACAUAUCCAGAAAUGUUUUUUUUU